AUGGGCUUCUACAAUGUGGCACGACGAGGAGCUGGUGCCCAGAUCAUCGCUUUCUGCCUUUUGUUGGCUGUCAGUCAAUGGUUGAAUCAGAGCUUCGUAGGCGGUGCGCCCAGUGCACCAAGCGAGAGGGGCCAUCCGUUGCGCGCCGUGCGCGCAGUGCCUGUGAAGGAUGCGUGGCUCCUCAGGGACAGAUUGGAAGGUUUGCCAUGUGGGCGUCACAAAUCCACAAUUGGUGCCAUGAAUUUCUGCUCAACAGCGGGUGCCCUUGGUCGCAAAGCAGCAGACAUCAAGGUGCCUCCUUUGGGGCAAAGGAUGGCGGCUGUGCCCCUCGAUCAGAUUUCGCCCGAGCAGAAGGAUGAGCUGCUGUGCACCUACGCCGCUCUGGUGCUUCAUGAUGAUGGUGCUGAGAUCACCCCAGCAGCCAUGACCAACCUGAUCAAGGCUGCCGGCUGCUCCGUGGAGGCCUACUGGCCGCUGCUGAUGGCCAAGAUGAUCAACAACGUGGGCAUGGAGACCCUCAUCAAGCUCGGCAGUGGCGCGGGUGGCGGCGGCGGCGGUGGCGGCGGCGGUGCUGCGGCGGCCGCUGGGGGAGAUGCGGGAGCUGGAGCUACUGAGGAGAAGAAGGUUGAGGAGGAAGAGGAAGAGGAAGACAUGGAGUUCGACCUCUUCGGCCACUCGCGAAGGUCUGUGACAAUGGCUGCUCUUGUCGAAGCCGUGGCCGGCACAGCUGCUGCACGGAAGGAAGUGAGGCUGCGGCUCCUGGCGGCUUCCGCUGCCACAUGCCGUGGUCAAUGCGGCACCGACGUGGCUCGUGAAGGAGCCUUGCAGCUGGUGAAGGCCAUGGAAGCCUUGAACCCCACGCAGGAGCCUGCGAAGCAGCAAGGUUUCCUUGAGGGCACCUGGCGCUUGAUUUUUGCAUCGGAGGAUGUGACGCGCUCCUCGCCCUUCUUUUGGGGAUGGCGGCAGAUGCUGAAGGGUGUUCCAGACCCAUCACCGAUCAGUCGGUCUCUCUUUGGCACUCAGGACUUGUCGGAGUCCAUCUUCGCCUUCACGGAUGGCAUUCCACUGAAGACCGUUGGAGAAGCAACGCAAAGCUUAAUCAAUGGGAAGAUGGUGAACCGCGUCGCGGUCGAGGUGUUCGGUGCUGGGAAGACCAUGAUGACAACCACCAGCAGGUACGAGGCCUCCGCCGAUGGCACAGAGUUGCUGAUGACCGUUGAAACCACCCAGGCGGUGGACAAUACCCUACCUUUCGCCGACCAAGUUGUUUUCCCUUCAGAGUCCUUCCUGGGGGAAAACGCCCAAGUCCGCGUGCGCAUCACGUACUUGGACGAUGACCUUCGGAUUUUCCGAAACGAGGAAGAUGACCAAGUUUUCGUGUACAUCAAGGCUUAA